AUGCAAGACACUGGAACAAAACAUCCAGAAGACUUUAUCGAGAAUGUUUCUCCUACAGAUACGAACGAUAGCCCGCGGGCAGCUCAUGUGCCCCUGUGGCAAUCGAUGAAGAAAUGGCGCAGAGUUGUCGCAUACAACCUGGCGUUGAGCUCUGCCAUCCUUUUGUAUGGAUAUGAUCUUGUCAUCGUGGGAAACGUCUCCGCGAUGCCAGCAUUCCAUCUCACCACCGAAAGACAUCGCUUUGGAGAGCAGCUCGGUACCAAGUAUAUCAUCCCGUCGAUGUGGCUUUCGUUAUGGAACGCGGCCAGUCCCAUCGGGAUGAUGAUCGGAGCAAUAUUCGGUGGACAUUUUCAAGAUCGCGGAGGACGCCGCCUAGCGCUCGCAACAGGAAGUUUCCUAUCCGCCAUAGCGGUCGCCAUAUGCUAUGUUGCGGAUUUACCAGACGAUAUGGAUUCACGAAGGGGUGUCUUCUUGGGUGGAAAGCUUUUCCAGGGCAUAUGUAUUGGUAUACUCCUUUGUGUCGUGCAGACCUAUAUGUCCGAGGUUCUGCCAGUGCUGCUACGAGGACCGAUCAUCGCCUUUCUCCCCAUUUUCACCUUACUAGGCCAAUUACUCGGGUCCAUUGUCGUCUACACUUCUCUCAAGCAUACGGGUCCAACAAGCUAUCGGAUAUGUUUUGCGACCCAGUGGCCCUUCUCAGCCGUUCCUUUUAUACUGGCUGCGCUACUUCCCGAAAGCCCAACAUGGCUUGUCAGGAGGGGACGAUUGGACAAAGCACUAAAAGCUCAAAAACGACUCGAUACGAAGAACAUCGAUUCGGCAGCUAUUAUUGACGAAAUUCGAACAUCGAUCUUGGUUGAAGAGGAAGAGAGAAAGACACAGACUUAUAUGGAUUGUUUUAGGAGUAUUCAUCAGAGAAGAACGCUAAUCGUUGCAUUUGCAAGCGCUCUGCCUCAGCUGUUUGGCCUGCAGCUCUUAGCGAGUGCGUCCUAUUUCAUGCAAAUUGUUGGGAUGGGAUCCACAAACAGUCUGAUAUUCUUAAUUCUCGGCAUUGGACUUGGCUUGAUUGCCAAUGUGGUCAGUUUGUGGGUGCUCAAUGGAUUUGGAAGACGCUUCCUUUGCCUUGUAACUCUUGGCACGUCUAUGAUUCUAUGGCUCGCAAUGGGCAUCGCGGGAUGCUUCGCGGGUGUGGUGACUAUCUGGUAUACUGCCGUCACUAUGAUGGUUAUUACCAUGGUCUGCGGCCUGGGAAUCUGGCCCGCAUCGCAUGUUGUGGCUGCAGAGACGUCGUCACUACAGCUCCGUGCCAAGUCCCAAGGUAUUGGCUGGUUUGUCAGUGGCAUUGCCUCAGGGGUGUUCUCUAUCAUCUUGCCAUAUAUCUACAAUGCAGAUAAAGGUAACCUGAGAGCGAAGACGGGUUUUGUCAUGGCGGGAUUCGCAGCAGUCGGGGUCGUAGCGACUUGGUUCGCUGUGCCUGAAAUGAAGGGUCGGUCGCCUAUGGAGAUUGAUCGCAUGUUUGCACUGAAGCUCCCGACGCGCUCGUUCAAGCAGUGGAGGAGUGAUGUGGUUUUUGUAAAAGAUGUGGGUGCUGCGAAUCGGGCAGCAAGGGCGUAA